AUGAAAGAGCAUUGGACAUCACUAGCUUCACUUCUCGGAGUCUUAGCAUUCUGUCAAAGCCUAAUACAAUCAUUCUUCUCCUCUCACUGCUACUACGACAUAACAGAGCUCGACGGCGUCAACACCAACGAACUCUACAACGCCGUUCAAAUCUACCUCAGCUCCUCCAUCUCCAUCUCCAGCAACCGUUUAACCCUCACCCGCGCCGUCAACUCCUCCACCAUCACGUUCGGUCUCUCAAACAACGACUCCAUCGUCGACACUUUCAACAACGUCACCGUCCUAUGGGAACACGUCGUCACUCAAAGACAAACUCAGACCUUCGCAUGGAGACCGUUACCCGAAGAGAAACGCGGGUUCACUCUCCGUAUCAAGAAAAAGGACAAAAUCUUGAUCUUAAACUCUUAUCUUGAGUUCAUCGUGGAGAAAGCUAACGAGAUCCGUCGUAAAAGCCAAGACCGGUUGCUUUACACGAACACACGUGGCGGGUCUUUGGACUCGAGAGGACAGCCUUGGGAGUCUGUUCCUUUUAAGCAUCCGAGUACGUUCGAAACUCUUGCGAUGGAUCCGACAAAGAAGCAACGGAUCAUGAAUGAUCUUAAGGAUUUUGCGGAAGGUCAAAUGUUUUAUGAGAGAACGGGUAGGGCUUGGAAGAGAGGUUACUUGUUGUAUGGUCCACCUGGUACUGGUAAGUCUAGUAUGAUCGCAGCGAUGGCUAAUUAUCUUGGUUAUGAUAUUUAUGAUCUUGAACUCACUGAGGUGCAUAGCAACUCGGAGUUGAGGAAACUUCUGAUGAAAACGAGUUCUAAGUCGAUAAUUGUUAUCGAAGACAUUGAUUGUUCGAUCAACUUGACGAAUCGGAACAGUGGACUCAAAACCAGUCCUGAGCAUAGUAAUUUGGGUGAAGAGUCUGGUAACGGGGACACGAUAACGUUGUCGGGUUUGUUGAACUUUACUGACGGGCUUUGGUCUUGUUGUGGAAGCGAGAGGAUCUUUGUCUUUACCUCAAAUCAUAUAGAGAGGCUUGAUCCUGCACUUCUUAGAAGUGGGAGAAUGGAUAUGCAUGUGUGCAUGAGUUACUGUGAUUUCUCGUCGUUGAAGAUUUUGUUGAGGAACUAUUUAGGGUACGAGGAGGAAGAUGUGGAUGACGAGGUUUUGAAGGAGAUGGAAAGCGUGGUGGAGAAGGCGGAGAUGACGCCUGCGGAUGUAAGUGAGGUUUUGAUCAAGAACCGGAGGGAUAAGGAGAAGGCGGUUAGGGAGUGUUUGGUGGAGUUGAAGAGUAGAGGGGAGGGAUGUGUGAAAGUUGGGAAAUUGAGGUGUCAAAGUGGAAAUUUGAGGGAGUUAGAAAUUAUGGAGGAAGAAGAGAAGAGGGCUAUAGAUAGUCAAAAUGUAGAUGAUGAAGUAAAAACUGGACCAGAGGAUAACUUUUGUAAAGACUAG